AUGUUUGGAGUACGAUAUGAUCCGGAGGCAGAGGAUAUUUCCACCAUUGCUUGGAAUGGAAAGAGGAAAAGAGAAGAGGAUCUGGACUCAAGUGAUAUAGGAAGUGACAAUUUAGGAGAACAGAAUGAUACGAAAGAACUUAGUAAAGGAAAAGAGAACCAUGAUAUCGACCAUGAAGACAGCACAAACCGCAUCGAUACUACAGAGGAAGUAGGAUUCAGUAAUGGUGUGGAGGGAGAUUCGGAUGUGGAAAUGGAAGAUAACAUUGACCCCGUGUACCCAUCUAAGCAUCAAUCUGUUUUAAAUAAGUUCAAGCAGUCAAUAACUAGUGCGGAGCAACACUACGAAUCUGAUUCCGACGAAAAGGAGACGAUUGUAGAUAUACAAGACCUAGCACCGCUUCCUCAACCACAAUUGCCUCGAGACAAGAAGCUUACAUCGACAUCGCAAUACUCCAAAAAUUUAGAUUGGCUAACAACACCUCAAUACGUGACUCCCAAUGAGAAACUUCCCUUUCAGGAAUUUGAACUUGACAAAGUGAUCCAGAGAAACAUUUCGUCACUUGGUUUCAGUGAAGCCUUUGCUGUGCAAGUAAGCGUUCUCAAAAUGAUGAUACCAGAAAUCAAGGCUAACAAAAGGCAACCCGAUGCAUUUGGUGACAUCUUGGUUAAUGCGUCUACCGGUUCGGGUAAAACGUUGGCAUAUUGCAUUCCCAUAAUUCAAGCAAUACACAACAGAGUAGUUCCGCGCGUGAGAGCGAUUGUUCUUGUGCCAACCAAACCAUUAAUUAAUCAAGUGAAAACAACCAUGAUGCAAUUAUCACAAGGUACGAACUUGUCUAUCGUGGGUUUAAAGAACGAUAUCUCAAUUAAAGAAGAAAGUGAAAGGUUGAAGAAAUUGGUUCCUGAUGUGAUUAUCAGCACACCGGGGAGAUUGGUUGAGCAUUUGAAUCUAAACUCCAUCAGCCUAGCGAGCUUGAGGUUUCUUGUUAUUGAUGAAGCCGAUAGACUUUUGAACCAAUCUUUUCAAAACUGGUCACUGGUGCUAACCAGCAAGAUUGAGGAACAACAGAAACAUGAUAUAACAAAAAGAUGGAGUUUAAAGGUACAAAAAUUGGUGUUUUCUGCAACAUUGACUACUGAUGCUGGAAAGCUUGCCAUUUUAAACUUUUACAAACCAAGACUCAUCAUCGUUAAUGACACGCAACAGUUGGUUAAUGAAAUGUUCAGUGUGCCGUCAUUGUUGUCGGAAUUCAUCAUUCUGUAUGGAGUGGCCAAAAAUUCGUUAAAACCUUUGAUACUCGCCAAAUUCCUAGUUUCGCAAGAUAAACUUUUCAACGUGCUAAUAUUCACCAAAUCAAAUGAAUCAUGUAUACGAUUAGCCAAACUAUUGCAACUUAUUAUGGAUGCACUUUCCAUUCUGAUCAAUGUUGGUUUCAUCAACUCAACCAAUAAUCGAACAUCAAUACGAGCUCGCAUAUUGAAAGACUUUUCCCACCAAAAGGUAAACAUACUCAUUGCUACAGACUUGAUUGCUAGAGGUAUAGAUUUGACAACAAUUACCGAUGUCGUCAACUACGAUUUGCCUAAUUCGUCUCGUGAAUAUGUGCAUAGAGUUGGUCGUACUGCCAGAGCAGAAAAUCCCGGUAAUGCGUACAAUUUUGUGUUUGGAAAAGGUGAACAGAAGUGGUUCAAUACUUUUUCAAAGGACAUUGGGCGUGGUGAUAAAGCGGUUGAGCCAUUUGAGUUGAAGUUGAGUGAUGUUAUCACCGACCACGAUGAAGAGAUUUAUCUGAAAGCAUUGAUGGACUUGCAAGAACAGGCAAAGAUGUAA